CGUAGUCAUACAGACACAAUAGAGCUGCAGUCACCAUGUAUAUAGCAAGUGUUUGUAUUUGCAACUAUUAGAGCAAUAUGUAGUAUCUCUCAAACUCUGUGAGUGUAAUUUCGAAGCGUUGUUCUGGGGCUAUUAUCAGUGAGCUCUGAUGCCCUUGCACUAACAAGCUAUCUUCGUUAGACAGUAGGAGAGUGCCCGUGCAGUGCACCGUUAGCUAGCUUUAGCCUGUUUGAUAAUAUUAUAGCUGCCUUGCCAGUUUUUACUAUGGAGUUUCCUUUUGACAUAAACCAAUUAUUCUCCGAGAGGAUCUCUAUCUUGGACCAGACCUUGGUUGCAGGCCGCAAAUCUACAGGAAGGCCAGAUCUUCAAGCUCACAUAGCCACAGUUAUUGAUGAACUUGGGAGGGCCUCAGCAAAGGCCCAACAGCUCACAGCACCUAUAACAAGUGCUUCCAAGCUGCAGACCCAGAAGCAUCAGCUCUAUCUUGUUAAGGAUGGAGAGAGCAGCGGAGGACGUGGUGUGGUUGUGGGAUUUCUGAAGGUUGGCUACAAGAAGUUAUUUUUGCUGGACCGACAGGGUGUGCACGUAGAGGCAGAACCACUGUGUGUUUUGGAUUUUUACGUAGCAGAGAACCUGCAGCGAAAUGGCUAUGGGCUUGAGCUAUUUAACUUCAUGCUACAGCACAAGAAUUUAGAGCCAGUGCUGAUGGCUUAUGACAGGCCUUCACCGAAAUUCCUAUCUUUCCUGGCAAAGCAUUACUGCCUCACACAGAGUGUUCCUCAGGUCAAUAACUUUGUGGUCUUUGAAGGCUUCUUCCUCAACAGAGCAGCGGCCCAGUUGAGAAAGGUUCCCCCAAAGAAGCCAGACGGAGAGAUCAAGCCUUACUCUUUAAUGGAGAGAGAAGCUGUUCGCCAGGAGCAGAAGAGUCUUCCUUGGCCGUUUGCUCCUCCCCACUCCCCCCAGCGCUCGGUAGCCUCUCAGUGCUCCCACUCCCUCAGCGUGGGAUGCUCCCCCAGCAGGGCACCCCCUCGAGUCGCUCAAACUUCUUCCCCUGGUUGCAACAGGAACCAGAGCCCACAGUCACCACUCGGCAAUCGCUGCAGAGCAAGACGCACUAGUAGUCAACAGGGUCUAGUUGCGAGAUGCAACUUGUACAGUCGACACAUGGACACCAGAGCUGUUGGACUGCUGGACAGACACUCUCCAGCACCAUGUGCCACCUCAGGUCUGAGAGCAGUAGGGGAUCAGUCAUACACAUUGGGAUACAGUAUUCACUCACAACAAAACAGGAACUGGCCCGUCUUGCUUCCACCUCUUUCUACAUCCAAGAAGGACUGCAUGAGCAGCACUACCUCUUUAGACAGGAGAGAAAUACACCUGGGCACAGAUCCUGAAUCCCGUCGUUCUGAAGAGGAGAUGAAGGUUCUGGACAGUUCACAGCAUCCAUCAGGCAACCAGAGACCUCUGCUGUGGGAGAGUGACAGAGUUGAAGACAGGUCAUGGGCUGUAGGGGUGCACUGCUACACUGCCCAGUGGGUGAAGCAGAAGCAGGAAUACAGGAGCACCCGGCCCUGGUGAAUGUAUGAUGAUUGCAGACUUUAAACAUUAUCAAAACGUUGAUGCCUAAAAUGCUUUCAGACAUGUUUGAGCUGACUUUUGAGAGCCCAUGAUGCAACAGUUUCUUUGUGAACUUUAAGUGCCCAAAGUUCAGUUCAGAAAAAAAUACACUUCCAGUCUUUCUGGUUUUACAAAGGCUAUUGUAAUGUCUGUCUUAGUUGGUUUCCCAAAUGAGUUCUUCAGCUGUCAACUAGCUGAUCUUUUCUACUCAACUGCAACUGGGUAAGAUGAACUAAAUGUGGAGCAGUUUUUCUGUAGAACUCAGACUGGCUGCAUCCUUGCUAAUUGAAUAAUUGGCCCAUUAAAUCAGUGGUGUUACUGGCAAGACAGGUCCAGCUAACUCAGGUCCGUUUUUCAUUUUAGUAGCCUUUGCACUGAGUGUUGUUAGAUUCACUUAUUUGGUUGUAGAGAUUCAGGGAAACAUUGCAUAAGACAAAGGUUACUAACGUGAUCUUGUUUUAUAAUGACUUCUGUAUUUAAUUAAUUACCAAAAUGAAUCCAAUGGACUUUAUUUGAGAAUUUCAUCAUCCAUUUUCUUGUAUUACUUGGACAGAUUGGAUAGGAUGGCAUAAUAGCAUGUUAAAUUUUCAGUUGAUCACAUUUGGGUUGUUGAAUUUUUUAACAAAUAUUAAAAAACAGUGAUACAGUACUCUUAAUUUUCCAUUUCUGUUUUGCACGUGUGUAACAGCUACAUGCAGCCACAGACUGUCACACAACGACAUGAUCUACAGACAGGUUACUUGCUGUGUCCUUUGGUGACUGCUUACUUUAAGUUGAAGUGUCUUAGCGAGCAUUGGCCUGCCAGUUUCUGUCAGAACUGCUUCAUUGUACCCUGGCAUUGAUUUUCCAAGCCUCUGGAAAGAUGGAUGUGUAUCAGUCUUGAUUUGAUGGUGAUGGAGUUGAGUGUGUAACACAUCAAUCCAAAUUCUCCCCUGGGAGUUUGACCGGGUUCAGAUGUGGUCACAGGCUACAUAGUACAUCAGACCAUGUAAUUACUUAUGAGAUACCCUCAGGGUAAUGUGUGUCGGGCAGUAUUUAAAAUGAUAACUCAUACACCAAUAAUCUUAUGUUGGUGUUUGUCAGAUCGUGCAUAUAAGAAUACAAAUCCUUGAACAUGCAAACAUGGUCUGCAGACUGCCCUGGUACAGUUCAACCACAAGUGCAAAGCACAGAAAUAGACAAUUACUCAUUUUUAAUAUUUGUUCAAAAAUCAAACAGUAAAAAAAAAACACAGAGGAUGUAUUUGUGGAGGAAUCAAACAAAAAUCCUGAAAAUUCAAAACAAUUUUUCAAUUUUGAUUUAUUUUGGACUUAACAAAGAACUGCGAAGUCUCCCAUGGACAGAGCUUCCUGCAACUUUCCACUAACCGGAUUUUUGGAAAUGUCAUAAAUAUCCGGAAAUGUUUGUGAGACAAAACAUAUAUUUUCAGGUUUUAGGACAGUUUUGAAAACAAAUUGUGCAAAAAGUUUACACAUUUUGCUGUAAUGUAAACUUUAGUUACAAUGGUCCAUAAAGCCAAAAUACUCCA